AUGGACAACAAAAUUGUAGAGAAAAAUUGUAAUAACCCAACCAUUUCUGUAGUCGAUGUGUUAACUCCGUGUAAUGCACAAGUCACAUCUACUAAUAGUAAUACAUGUGUCAGUACCAUGAUUGAUCCAGACAUAUCUGAAGUAGUAUCAACACCUUGUGUAAGUAACGAUACUAACAUUAUAAUAUAUAAUUCGUCAGAUGUUGGAGAUUUUAUUAAUAUUCAUCCAAUACCAGAAGAUAAAAAGUACAGUCUACUAACUAAUCCAUACAAACCAACUAUAAAUUAUAAUUUUAAAAAUGACAUGGCAUCAAAUUCUAAACGUGCAUUUAAUUUGAAAGGAAACACUGCUGAUAGAGGUAAUUUUGUUGAUUUAUUAAAAUUUCGAGUUGAUUCAGGUGAUAAUAUUUUAUCGAACCAUUUUGACACGGCCUCUGGGAAAUCCAAAUAUAUAUCACAUAGAAUUCAAAAUGAAAUUAUUCAAAUUUGUGGUCAAGUAAUUCGUAAUGAUAUUGUAUCCCAAGUCAAUAAUUCAGUUGCAUUUUCUUUACUGGCUGAUGAAACAGCAGAUAUUGCAGGAAAAGAACAAUUAUCUAUUGGUGUAAGAUAUAUUGAUAUUAAUUAUGUAGUGCAUGAGGAAUUUAUUGGAUUUAGUGAAAUACAUAUUUUAAAUGCAGAAGGUGUAUCAAGAAGUAUAUUAGAAUCGACAGAAAAAUAUGGUUUAAAUAUGUUGAAACUUGUUGGCUUAGGAUUUGAUGGUUGUUCAACCAUGAGUGGCAAAGAAAAUGGUGUACAGGCAAUUAUCCGAAAAAUAUAUCCAACUGCUUGUUAUUUUCAUUGUGCUUCACAUAAACUCAAUUUAGUAGUUAACGAUCAAAAUUCAAUUCCUGAAAUCAGAAAUACUAUUGGUACUGUAAAGGAAAUAAUUAAGUUUUUUAGAGAAAGUAUUUUGAGAAGAAAACUUAUUCCAAAUAUUCCAUUAUUUUGUGAGACACGUUGGUCAGAAAAGUACAAAUGUAUACGGUUAUUUGAUAACAAUUUUAUUGAAAUUAAAAAUGUUCUUGAAAAGUUAUCUAUUAGUUCAGAAGCAAAUACUGUUACGAGAAAUCGUGCGUUCCAACUUUCAUCAGCCACAUCAAAUAGUACUUUUUUGAUUAGUUUAAAAGUAAUUGCUUAUUACUCUUCUGUUCUAGAACCAGUUGUGACCAAAUUACAAGGUACAAGUGUUAAUCUUCAUUCUGUUCAUAAAUUUGUUAAAACAGAACUUCUUGGCAUAUUGAAUAAACAUAGAGAAAACAGCAUAGAGUAUUUUAAUACAAUUUUUGAGGAAAUCACUGAAGCAGCAAAUAGCUUAGAUUUUGUACUUAAAAUACCUCGAAGAACAAAUCAUCAGAGUCAACGAUCAAAUCAUAAUUGUUCAUCAAAUGAUUCUAUCAAAGAUUAUUACAGAUUUCAAAGAUAUGGACUCGGUACACAGAGAAAGUUAUUUGAAAUUUCUAUUGGUACACUAACAAAGUCCAUGUGA